UAUACAAGCGGCAAGCCUAUGCGGCAAGCACAGAUUACAGAAUACAGACCUGUGUUACAGACAGUCAGUCUGUUUUGGUCUGUUUGCGGUCAGUUUUCAGGUUAUAUUCAGUCGGUUCAGUCCAGAGAACAUAGUUCAGUCCGUUCAGUCGCUUCCUGUGGUCGCUUCAGUAUCGUGGGUGAUUGUGGGUGAUUAUAAGUGUUCUGUGAUUGUAGCUAAUAUUUCUCUAGUAUAAGACAUUAACCUAAAAUCAAAAAACCUUGUUGUGGAUACGGCAUUUGCAUACAUACGAUAUAUCGUGUAUAAAGGUGUAUAAGUACUAUGAGCAAAAGCUUUUAUGGAAAAUACACCAAAAUCAAAUCAAGAAUGUGUAUUAAAUAAAUAACCAUUCUUGAUAAACAAGGUUAAUGUGAAUGAACAAGAGCGCAAUUUGCCCCCCAAAGUAGAGAACCCAACUGAAAAUGUUUUCAAUUUGCAAACAAACACACCCCGCUACAGGGGUAGAGCAUGCACUCGCUUGUCAUUUCUUCAGUAAAUCUGAAAAAAGUUUAGUCACAGCAGGAGCAAAUAUUAUAAAAGUGUUUCGGUUAAUACCUGAUGUGGAUGGCAAAGCUCGCAUCGAUAAAUAUACAGAAAUGAAUCCACCCAAGUCCAAACUAGAAUGCGUCGCACAAUAUGUUCUUUUUGGAAAUAUUAUGUCUAUGCAAACUGUAAAUUUGGCAAAUUCACCGCGUGAUGCGUUAUUGUUAGCUUUUAAAGACGCGAAAUUGUCCGUGGUUGAGUAUGAUCCAGAAACGCAUGACUUAAGAACACUAAGUUUGCAUUAUUUUGAAGAAGAAGAUAUGAAGGAUGGGUGGACGCACCAUUAUCAUGUACCUAUUGUGAGAGCUGAUCCAGAAAAUAGGUGUGCUGUUAUGACUGUUUUUGGGCGAAAAUUGGUAGUGCUACCAUUUAGGCGUGAAAAUUCUAUAGAUGAUACAGAUGCUGAUAUUAAACCAAUGAGCAGCAGCUCAUAUGGAUCCAAGGCGCCAAUUUUAGCAUCUUAUAUGAUUGUUUUGAAAGACUUCAUUGAUAAAAUUGAUAACAUUAUAGAUAUCCAGUUUUUACAUGGUUAUUAUGAGCCAACUUUGUUGAUUUUGUUUGAACCACUGAAAACAUUUGCUGGACGUGUGGCAGUAAGGACUGAUACCUGUGCAAUGGCAGCAAUUUCCUUAAAUUUACAACAAAAAGUCCACCCUAUAAUUUGGAGUGUUUCAAAUUUACCCUUUGAUUGUGUAAAAGCAGUUCCAAUAAAGAAACCAUUAGGAGGUACAUUAAUAUUUGCAGUAAACGCUUUGAUUUAUUUAAAUCAAAGCAUUCCACCAUAUGGAGUUUCCCUAAACAGUAUAGCAGAUAAUUCAACAAAUUUUCCACUAAAACAACAGGAAGAUUUGAACGUUAGUUUAGACUGUGCUCAAGCAGCUUUUCUGGAAGAUGACACCUUAGUUCUGUCUUUAAAAGGAGGAGAGUUAUAUGUAUUAACAUUAUUAGCAGAUAGCAUGCGCUAUGUUCGAAGUUUUCAUUUUGAAAAAGCAGCUGCCAGUGUUCUCACUACUUGUAUAUCAGUUUGUGAAAAUAAUUUUUUGUUUUUGGGUUCAAGAUUAGGAAAUUCUUUACUUUUACGUUUUACAGAGAAAAGUAAUGAAGUUAUAACAUUAGAUGAGACUGACGAACCAAAUGCCAAACGUUUAAAGACUUCUUCUGAAAAUGAAGAAGAUCGAGUGAUGGACAGUUUAAAUGACUGUAUGGCCAGCGAUGUUUUGGAUAUUCGAGAUCCGGAAGAACUAGAGGUAUAUGGAAACCAAAAACAAGCUAGUCUUCAAAUUACAAGCUACAUCUUUGAGGUCUGUGACAGUUUGUUGAACAUUGGACCAUGUGGUAACAUCUCUCUUGGAGAACCCGCUUUCUUAAGUGAAGAGUUCUCAGAUGGAGUAGAUUUAGAUUUGGAACUUGUGACCACAGCAGGCUACGGCAAAAAUGGGGCACUAUGUGUUCUACAAAGAUCUAUACGACCUCAAAUUGUGACCACUUUUACACUACCAGGUUGUUCUAACAUGUGGACAGUACACGCUGGUGAGGACAAACAUGCAUUUUUAAUACUUAGUCAGGAAGAUGGUUCUAUGAUUUUGCAAACUGGGGACGAAAUUAAUGAAAUCGACAAUACGGGCUUUGCUACCCACAUUCCCACAGUGUACGCUGGGAACCUGGGUAAUCUGAAGUACAUCGUUCAAGUCACUAGCAACGCGGUACGCCUUCUUCAAGGAACCAAUCAGUUGCAGCAUAUUCCUUUGGAGUUAGGAUCACCAAUUGUCCACGUGAGCAGUGUCGAUCCUUAUCUUUCGAUUUUAACAGUAGACGGCCAAGUGCUCACACUUAUGCUUAGAGAAACCAGAGGCGUUGCUAAACUAGUGAUUAGUAAAUCAACUCUUUCAAAUUCUCCACCAGUCACCACAAUAUGCAUGUACCGAGACGUUUCUGGACUAUUUACGUACAAAAUCCCCGAAGAUUUCACUCACGUUCCAGAACAUUUCGUAAGCGAACAUGACACCAAGACGGAAGUAGAAAAUGAAGAUGACCUUUUGUAUGGUGACGAUAGCGAUUUUAAAAUGCCGACUCUUAAUCCACCACCACCAAAACCAAAAAUAUAUUAUAACUGGUGGAAAAAGUAUCUCUUAGAUGUACGUCCAUCGUACUGGCUUUUUGUUGUACGGGAUAAUUCCAACUUGGAAAUAUAUUCAGUACCAGAUUUCAAACUGUGUUACUAUAUAACAAACUUGUGUUUUGGACACAAAGUUCUGGUUGAUAGUUUGGAAUCCGUAACCUUGAUGAACUCAAGCGGGGCAUCAGCAGCCCACGAAGCAAACAUUCAAAGACAGUAUGAAGUUAAGGAAAUUCUAAUGGUGGCACUCGGCAAUCACGGGACCAGACCCUUGCUUAUGGUCAGGCUUGAUCACGAUCUUUACAUUUAUGAAGUGUUUCGGUUUCCGAGAGGAAAUCUGAAAAUGCGUUUUAGAAAACUCAAGCAUUCCUUGAUUUAUUCACCAAACGUAGCUGGUAAGAUUGAUACUGAAGAUUCAGAUUUCUUCGCCAUUCAAGAAAGGAUUAUUAAGAUGAGGUACUUCACCAACAUUGCCGGAUAUAAUGGAGUAUUUGUGUGCGGAUCCAAUCCUCACUGGAUCUUUAUGACAGCAAGAGGCGAGUUGCGAACUCACCCAAUGACAAUAGAUGGAGAGGUUCUAAGUUUUGCACCCUUCAAUAAUGUUAACUGCCCCCAGGGAUUUUUAUAUUUCAACAAAAAAUCAGAACUGCGAAUUGGAGUUUUGCCGACUCACUUAAGUUAUGAUGCGUCUUGGCCUGUAAGAAAAGUUCCUCUUAGGUGUACACCCCACUUUGUGACGUAUCACCUAGAAUCAAAAACUUAUUGUUUAGUUACGAGUAUCGCUGAACCUUCAAAUAAGUAUUAUAAGUUUAAUGGUGAAGAUAAGGAACUCUCUGUUGAAGAUAAAGGUGACAGAUUCCCAUACCCUCUUCAAGAAAAAUUCAGCUUGAUGCUAUUUUCACCAGUCUCAUGGGAUGUAAUUCCAAACACAAGAAUAGAUUUAGAUGAAUGGGAGCACGUAAACUGUUUAAAAAAUGUAGCGUUGGCUUAUGAAGGCACGAGGUCGGGGUUAAAAGGAUAUAUCGCUGUGGGGACGAAUUACAAUUAUGGUGAAGAUGUUACAUCUAGGGGUCGAAUUUUGAUCUAUGACAUUAUAGAAGUGGUUCCUGAACCAGGACAGCCCCUUACUAAAAACAGGUUCAAAGAAAUAUAUGCCAAAGACCAAAAAGGUCCAGUUACGGCACUGAGUCAAGUGAAAGGGUUCUUAGUGUCAGCUGUAGGACAAAAAAUUUACAUUUGGCAACUGAAAGACAACGAUUUAGUCGGCGUUGCUUUCAUAGAUACUCAAAUAUACACCCACCAAAUUUUAACUAUUAAAAGUAUGAUACUGGUAGCAGAUGUUUACAAGUCAAUUUCACUCUUGCGUUUUCAAGAAGAAUACAGAACUUUAUCUCUUGUAUCCAGAGAUUUUCGACCUUGUGAAGUAUUCGCGGUGGAAUAUAUGAUAGACAACACUACAAUGGGUUUUCUUGUUUCCGAUAGCGAAAAAAAUUUGGUGCUGUAUAUGUAUCAGCCAGAGUCGAGAGAAUCACUGGGAGGCCAAAGAUUGUUGCGUAAAGCAGAUUUUCACUUAGGGCAAACCAUCAACACGUUCUUCAGAAUUCGUUGCAAACUAGGCGAGUUGGGUGAGGACAAGAAGCACUUAACAGGAGCUGAUAAACGUCAUAUCACAAUGUUUGCUACUUUGGAUGGUGGUCUUGGAUAUAUAAUGCCCGUUCCCGAAAAAACGUACCGUAGAUUACUUAUGCUACAAAACGUUUUAGUUUCUCAAGGGGCACACAUAGCAGGACUAAACCCUAAGGCUUUUAGGACAUACAAAAGCUGGAGAAAAGUUCAAACCAAUCCUGCUAGAUCUGUUAUAGAUGGCGAAUUAGUUUAUAAUUACUUGCAUCUAUCAAUUCCUGAAAAGAUGGAGGUUUCAAAGAAGAUUGGAACUAAAAUUGAAGAAUUACUUGAUGAUUUGUCUGAUAUUCAGAAAAUUACAAACCACUUUUAAUUUCGAAUGAAAUGUAUAAAUUAUGUUAUUAAAAAAAUAAUGUUUA